CACAACUGCUGCUGCCAUCUAAUGGCACACAUGUUUGUGUAGUGUUUAAGAAAGUUAAGGAAUAACUAAAAAGCUAUCUUCGUGUAGAGACUCUGUGCGUUUACGUUCAGUUUUCUUGAUCGUCUUUUUUUGUGUGUGGUUAAUUGCUGUGAUCAAAAUGGCAUUAAAUCCUGCAUACGAAGCGAUCGGGAAGGGUUUUGUUGCCCAGUACUAUGCUCUUUUCGAUGAUCCAGCUCAGCGGCCCAAUCUGAUUAACAUGUACAACACUGAGACAUCUUUCAUGACUUUCGAAGGGCUGCAAAUACAAGGUGCUGUCAAAAUAAUGGAAAAGCUAACAAGUUUGGCAUUCCAAAAGAUAAACCGAAUUAUUACAGCUGUUGACUCUCAACCAAUGUUUGAUGGUGGUGUAUUAAUAAAUGUCUUGGGAAGAUUGCAGUGUGAUGAAGACCCGCCUCACGCCUAUUCACAAGUGUUUGUGCUGAAGCCAGUGGGAAAUUCUUUUUACUGCCAACAUGAUAUAUUCCGUCUGAGCAUCCAUGACAGCGCCUGAUGGACACUGCCAAAUGUGGGACAGCAACAUGCCAAACCUGUGCCGCACUGCCGGUAUGGGGUGUGAUACAGACAUUUGUAUCUGGACAUUGACCACGUGGUUUCGAAUAAGUUACGUGUCCCCUGUUACUCGGCCGUUAAAAAUUUAUGAAAAACAUUGUUAAGUUUACUUCAGCAAGUCAUGCUUUUGCAGCUUAACUGUGUCCGGAACCACAUGGUUAUCCGCUUUGUUUUCCUCAGUCUGUUAAUUUCAUUAACGUUGAAAUUUUCUGUGUAACUCAUGUUAAUUGAUAAAGAUUGUAUGCAACACGUAAGUUUGUAAUCCGCAAAUUUUAAAUAUAAAUUGUGCUUAAUGACACUCUGAAACUUAAUUGGACCCAGCCUUUAUUUUUCACUUUUUUGUGUUCAGAAAUUAAGAGACUGUGUUACUGUAUUCAAUCCUCAAAUUUAAAAAAAAGAGGAAGUGCUUUCUGUUGUAUUUUUAUAUUGUAAUUAUCAUUCUCAACCAUUUUAAUAUUUUGGGGAAGUUAUUUGUUUGUAGCUUCAAAUAUCUGCUUAGUGAUUUUUAAUAGUGUAUUCACCUUUAGUUUAAUCAUUCUUCAGUAUGUCAUUUAAAAUAUUUAAAAACAGUGGAGUAUCCUUUUGCAUAAUGCUUAUGCAUAACAUUGGAAGAUUUGUAAUUUGUAGAGACGAGAUACGCCAGACAGCUCCCAUGGCUGUGAAAGUACAUUUAGCACUUUAUUAUAUUGAGCUAUAGCACUUUGCCUCAUUUGGACUGAAUAAAUACGUACUGUGAUACUUGUAA